AAUUUAUGAUUUUCCCAAUAAAUGACCUAUCAUUGAAUCUCUAUAAAUGUUAUAUAAACUCAUUUAGCUUAUAUUUAUGAUUAAUGAACAAUUAAUAACCCAUAAUUAUUUACUUAGAAAUGAAACAUUCUAUCAAAUGACUAAAUAUUCAUUUAUUAUUACUCUUAUAUGCACUUCAGUUUACUUUAUUCCUUCUAGUUAUACACAUAUAAAUAUUGCCAAAACAUUUGCAUUAUUAUCACCAUGUAAUAUUUGUUUGUCUUGUCAAGGAAAAUUAAGUUGUAAUUAUACACGAUGGAUAACUGGUUGGGGAGUACCAGAUCAAUCAUUUAUAGAUGAUAAAACAUUACUCAUUAUUAAUACAUCAACAAAUUGUUUUAAUGAAUGUUUAUCUAGACCUCGAUGUUAUUCAUAUACAUAUUUAAAAACAACACCAUCUAUAUGUACUUUAUACAAAGAUAAUAUUCACAAGAAUCGACCAUUGUUUAAUCUAACUACUUACAUAUUUGGAACAAGAAGGUGUUGUGAAUUCGAUUCAGGUUCAGUGAAGAUAGUACCUUGUCAUAAAUCUACUAAAUGUAUGCAAUGCAAUUUCACAAUCUGGUUGAGUAAACCCGGAUUACCUGAAAGAAAUUUUUCAAAGUUAUAUACAUUAAAAAAUGUCAAUGCAACAAAUAGUUGCUUGGAUGAAUGUCAAUUAAACUGUCAGUGUCAUUCAUAUUCAUAUAAUGUUUAUUCACCAACUUCAUGUACCCUCUACUCUAAGCCUAUAUUACAAAAUACAACUACAUUGACGGAUAUAACAACAAUGAUUCAUGGUUAUAGAAAAUGUUGCUAGACAAUUGUAUGUUUCCUUUGUAUACUGACUAAAAUUUAUAUAUUGUUACGUCAUUGUUUGACUUCUACACUGUACUAAAUGUAAUGCUAUUCAAUUAUAUGAUUGUUUUAACUGUUAAAUGAUUGUAUAUACAUCAUGAUAUACUAAUGUGUGAUAUUAUAUAACUGAUAAAGCCAAUCUCAGUUAUUCUUGAUUAGACUAUCAUUUGAAUACUUGAUCAUGAAUUCUUAACCACUUUCGAAAUCUCGAGCUUUCUCCU